AUGAGCGGGACAAAGUACGUUGUUGAUCGCAUCUUUGGCGGCACCGCCUCGUAUGAUUCAAUUGUUGGCCCUGGAGCUCCAGCAACCAGCUCCCAACACGAGCGCGUCUGGCCCGAGAUCCCCUUGGAAUAUCGCCCGCCUGCUCCUGAAAUUGAAAAUGCGGUCAAAGAAGUUACAUACAUUUUGGGUUAUCUCCAACGUGUAUUAACUCCCACGCCAUUGCCCAACGAUGACCUGCAACUCAUGUCUGACUACCUUUUGUCCUUGGAAACCAGAAAUGACUUGACAGCACACGUGCUUCAACAAGUCGAUGCGAGAACCAACAUCAGGGCAUUAACAAGAAUCCUGUUGAAAGACGAUACGACAUACGAAUUCAAGUCUCGCGCAACAGCUCUGGCGAAGCACUGGAAUGGUAUCGAGUUAUUAAUUUCGAAAAUUACCCCAGAAGAGAUACUAGCCGAUCGUCCUGUUGCGCCGCUCAAGACGGAACUUCCAGACGACAAACCAGCGGGAUGGCAACUAGACUUGGGAGAAGCCCGAACAGCUGAAGCAGCACGACAACUCGAGCUACUCAACAUCGAGAAGAAUCGAUGCAUCAAGUACUGGACCACCGUCAAGCCGCCAAAGCCGAUGGGUUGGGCUCCAGCUGAUGGAGAUGCCUGGAAGAAGGUGCCUCGAGCUGAUCUGGAGAACGGAGAUUUGUUCUUUACUCCGUACUUCAAACCUAUAUGGGAAAGCUAUAACAUGGCACAUAUGGAUGCUUCGUUUUGGACCGAUCCCGAUAAUACAGCUGAAGAAGAGGAGGAAUACCAGAAGAACAGGUCUGAGAAACACCAGUCGACAAUGUUUUCUCUGGAAAUGAGAAAGGCGAGGAAAGACCAUGCCACGUCCCUAGGAUAUGAGAGAGUCUUUUAG